AAAGAAAUAUAGUCGUGUCUUACAGGCCUUAGACAUAGAACAUAUCAUCUCUAAACCUGACAUUGCAAGUAUACCAGACGAAUUUGGAUUUUAUCGAAUUAACGAUUCAACGUUGCCUUCAAGAAAGAAAUGAUGCUCGGUCACGUACAACCGUCGCAUCCGAUCAUCAAGUCCUUCGUUUUCUUCGACCUGGAAACGUCGGCUCUGCACGCCGAAGACAGACCCAAGGUCACCGAACUGUGCCUGAUCGCCGUACACAGGUCCAGCGUCGAGAGCUCGGACACCGCGCCGAGGGUGAUGGACAAGCUGACGCUGUGCAUGUAUCCCAACAAGGAAAUCUCCCCGAUCGCUUCGAAUCUGACUGGUCUCCACAAUGCUCUUAUGUUGAAUAACGACAAGCGACCUUUCGACGUCCAGGUUUGUGAGUCGAUAUGCGCCUUCCUCGGCAGACAGGCAAAACCAGUGUGUCUGGUCGCUCACAACGGAUACGAAUUCGACUUCAAGCUGCUCCGGACGGAAUUCGAUCGUCUCGGACGUUCUCUACCUUCCAACCUGGUGUGUUGCGAUUCCUUGUUGGCUUUUCGGGAACUGGAGGGUGCAGAUUGGCAAGCGUGGAAGAGGCCGAGGAGGUCGUACGCCCUGCAGAAGAUGUUCGUCCGGACUUUCGGAGUGAAACCCAGAAACGUUCACGGUGCUGAAUCGGACGUGAUCACUUUACUCAAACUUGUGCUCAACCGAGAAAACGCAGUGUGCCGGUGGAUGGAUGAGCACGCAACGAGAUGGACGGACGUUCAGCCAUAUUACAUUCCGAAAAAGAUCUAGAAUGUGGUAAUUGUUUUUUCUCUUUCUCUCUUUGUUUUUGUGUGCAUACAAUUUCAGAUUAAUGGAAACGUGGCAUUUCUUCGAAUAGUCUUUUUUUUUUAGGCGAGA